AUGGUCUUAUUGUUCAAGAAGGGUGACCCUCAGUUGUUGGUUAACUGGAGACCUUUGUCCUUAAUUAACAGUGAUGCCAAGUUAUUUACAAAGCUCAUUGCUAAUCGUAUGAACAAAGUGUUGCCAAAGUUAAUCAACCCUUAUCAAACUGGUUUUCUCCCUCAUCGUCUGAUCUCUGACAAUGGCUGGUUAAAUCAGUUGUUGAUGUCUCACUUGCGUGUUGUUGCUCCUGAUUUACCUCAAGUUGCUGUUUUGUUGGAUCAAGAGAAGGCGUAUGAUCGGGUUCAUCCUGAAUAUCUUUGUCGUGUGUUGCUCCGGUUUGGUUUUCCUGGUGAGUUGGUGUCUUGUCUGUCUUCUUUGUUCUUUGGAACCAAGAUUUCAGUGUCUAUCAAUGGUUGGCUUGGUGCUCCUGUACCUCAAUUGCGAGGUCUUCGUCAAGGUGAUCCUCUCUCUCCAUUGCUAUUCAAUCUGGCAUUUGAGCCUUUGCUUCGUUUCUCUCCCUUGCUUGUCCUGGUCUUUCUGGUGUUACUCUGUCUCCUGUUGAUAUCCCACGUAAAUGGAAGCCUUUACCGGUCGAAUGGCUCUGUUGCUCCUCCUCCUGUCAAGAUUCUGAGCUAUGCGGAUGAUCUUGAGGUGUUUUUGUCUUCGCCAGAAGAGUGGUCUGUGCUGUUGUCUGUUCUUGAUCUGUAUGGCCGAGCAUCUAAUGCGAAAGUCAAUAUCAGCAAGACAGUGUUGGUGUCGUUGUCUGGUGUGUCACACUCUGCUUGGGUUGCUUUGGCUGAUUCUACUGGUCUCCAGUGGCAUGACGCUCACUCUCGUGGUGCAGUAUAUCAUUUGUUGCGUGUUGUUCCUGGUGGUGCUACUACUGCGUCGUGGUUGAAGUCUCUCACUACGGUGGUCCGUGAGUAUCUGAUGUCCUUUCGCCCUGGUGUUGCUUGGUCUACUUUGUGUCUCCCCCGCAAGUUUGGUGGUGUUGGUCUCGUGGAUAUAGCAGAUCAAAGCUUAGCUUUGCAUCUUGUCUAUUUGCAACGUUUGUUGCGUCCACCCUCUCCCAGUGAUUUUGUCUCCUCUUGGUUGGUGUACGCUUUUCAAGUUUACACUGGUCAUAAGUCCAUCUUGCCGUGGUUUUGUUUUCCUGGUCUUUACCAGUCUCGUGUGUCUUCUGUGCCUGCUCUAACACAUCUUGGAAAGCUUCUGUUGAGAUUGCCAAAGCUAGUUCCUUCCUCUGGUUGGUCUGCUAGGUGGUUUCUUGAUCUUCCCUUGUGUUCUGUACUCAGUACUGUGCCUUCUGUUCGUCCUCCUCGUGAUCCAUCAUCUCUUGAUCCUCGUUUCUUGGUGUCGGAUGUCUCUUUCUGGCAACCUGAUCUAGGUAUAGUUGAUGGUGUCACCUCUCAUCUUGCUUGGUCAUCUCGUGUUUUGCGCCCUGUUUUUCUUGCCUUGAACCGUGAUCGUGGUCCUGUCUCUCUGGUAUUCCCGCCUGUCAUGGAUAGUAAGAUAGUCUUGUCUCAAGCAGACUAUUUUGCUAUGCCCCGUUCUGAUGGUGCUACCUCUUGGAUGCCAGAUUGUACACAUUGGACUGUCUCCAACUCGUCUCGUUCUGCUGCUCCGGUUGCUCGUCUCUCUCUUGGUGCUUUGCGAAGGUAUUGGCACCCUGCAAAGGGUACCAUUACCUCUCGUAUGGGUCCUCCCUUGAAGUUGCCUGCCCAUUUGUUGCUGUCUCCUGCUUUGUGGCGUCUUUUUCUGGUCCCUGGAAAUGCCUGCAAAGGCUUUCACACCUUGGUGGCGAUUGCUACAUGA